CCUAUGCUUCGAUCAUCCACCAACCCAACUAUUUCCUACCGGUAUUAAUUAAUAGUCUAGUAGCCCAUGUUAUAAUAGUCCAACCAGCAACAUGACCACAGGAAAAGCAAACUACCAAUGGACCAACAACACCAAUGACAAUGGGGUUGAAUCUCCUCCCAACGCGUACGCUUCUACCGGUGCUACUACUGGUCUUUGCUUUGGUGAACCCUCAUUCCAAGCGCGAACACCCGUGGCCGCCGUUUCCCCUGAUCAGCCAACGAGGACUCGUCUCUCUCCCAGGCCACCCAAAGGGAUCCUGAAACCUCCUUCUUGGGCUUCCUUGCCACAGUGUCGUUCCUCGGCGACGGCACCACGCAUUCCUAUUCGGCGAACAGUCACUGAUACUCUUCCAAAUGGCUUUGCGGCUUCCCCUCCUGAUCUAGAAGAGACAGUGAGGCCUCGACGUCGAUGUGUCAGCUUCUCUGACAGCAUGUGCCGUUGGCAGAACCAGGGAUCUUCUUCGCACAGCCUUAAUGCUAUGCACAUGCCGCGAAGACACAACGCUAUCAACGAGGACACCUUUGCAAACAGCGCUUGUGCUGUUGCGACUAUCCCUGCUAGUGUUGGCAUUACUACAUGUAGCGGUUCCACAGACCAGCAGUCGUCUGUAUCGCCUGCGCCAACCACCAUGGAAGCUGCCGUGUCGGCUCAAGGCAAUCACGUAUGGAGCAAUGGGGGCACCGGGCGAUUUCGUAAACGGACUCAAGAUCAGGCAAACCUCAGCAGCGCUCCCAUGAGGCAACCACGACGUCGUCGAAGCAAUGAAAACGAACCCCUCGUCGACGCUGACACCAACGUGUUUCAGACAUCCGUCCGUUCCUUUCUAAUGAAUGCCAGGAUCCCCACCCGCAGCUCAUCGUCAAGCACACCACGACCGGCGGACGAUCACCCAAUGGAUCAGUCGUGAGGUUUUCUACGGUCUUCCCGUCUUCCCCUUGCAUGCACAUUCAUUUAUUCAACAUCUCCCAUCCCACAAUCUCUCCCUACUUCUCUACUCGGCUAGAGUGGCUCGUCCAAGCACUCCUUCACGUAAUGGCAUCCCCUGGCUCGUCCAAGCACUCCUUCACGUAAUGGCAUCCCCUGGGGCAUUCCCAGCGAAGAUGGCUUCAGUAGACUAACGUACAUAAUCCAGAUCAAACGAUGC